AGAGGCCUCACAUCGUUCUGAAUGAAAUGGAUCCAGUUACUGCAGAUGCUGCCCCCUCAAGAGGUGGAGGGAAGAGAGACACUUUUCUUCUUUGUUUUGUUAAAGUUUAGUUUUUGAUUUUACUUUGAAAAAAAACCACAUGUGAGACCUGAAGCAAACUGGUGACUUUCGUCUGCAGGACCUCGUCUUCCUCCGGCCUCCCUGAAACUGCUGGUCCCUCCAGUGAGACUCAUGUCUGCGUUUGUGUGGCAGAUAGUGCAGCAGGACAACGUGCUGCAGUUCGACAAGCUGCUGGACUUCAUCAGUCUGGGGACAGAACUGGUCCCGGAUCUGCUCAGUCCCACCCAGAGGACUCAACUCAUCCUGGGCCUGAGAGCCAAGCUGGUACUGGAGCUGUGUCGUGGUGAUGGUGUGGCCAAUCUGAAGACCAUCCAGGGCCACCUGGAUAAAAUCCACGCCUGCACCACAGAACUGCGCACCAACAAUCAGAUGGAAAGUAGUGAUAUACUGAAGAACUCUUACAGAAACUUCGUCACCAUGGUGGAGAAAAUUCUGAAUGUUCCCUCUGAAAAGGAACUCUUCUUCCAGGAAGUGUUUCCUGAAAGCUACGGUUCUGCCUACAACCAAAGGAUCCAGCAGCUUGUGUCUGUGUUCCUGUCCAGACUGGAGGAGCUACUGCCGAUACCAGACCUGCAACAGACGACGGCUUGGCUCACUGAAACAUCCGUGUUUGGAAACCACCUGUCCGAACCCUCUGCUCUAAAGACUCUGCUGCUUCAUCACAGGGACACCGGGACUCUCAGCUCAGCUCCAUCGUGCAGUGAGGAGGACAUCAUUUUGUUCACAAUGGCCCACACUGGGGAGAGUGAAAGGCAGACCUUCUCUGAACCGUACAGUGAGACCGAUGACGAUGAUGAUGAAGAGACACUGACUAUGGAUGAUAUGGAUGAAGAGUCGAACCAGAGCUUAAAUGAUAAGUCGGAAGACUGGGUGCCAAAAAAGAAAUCAGGUCUUCCGUCGGGCUCGUUCGCCUGUCCUCAGUGUUCGUUCACAAACCGCAUCAAGAGGAGGGUUCAGGAGCACAUCCAGAGGGACCACGGCACGAGAGGUGGCGUUCACGAAAACAAACCUCUGGAAAAAGUGAUGAGGAAGACUCCGCAGAGAAGUCGAGACUUGGCGGCUGACAAAAAGAAACAGAAGGGGAACUUGGAGAAACCAAGGAGAUGUGCGCAGAAAGACGGCGCUGACAAAAAGUUGCGAAACGGACAGAAAGAAGACAAGUCUGAAAACAAGAAACCACGGAAGCAGAAAGAGCCCACGGGGGAAGACAAGCGGUUCCUCAGCACGCGACCUGCCAACAAAAUCUUCACGGAGGAAGAAACGAAAUGCCUGAAGUGCGAAAAGGUGUUUGAGCAUCCUAAUCAGCUGAAGGCACACAUGAAGAUCCACAACUUCCGCUACAGCUGCAGCCAGUGUGAGAAGGGCUUCACCAGCCCCUCGGGGUACUAUCAGCACCAGAGGAUUCACAAGAGGGGACGCAUAUUCACCUGCGACCAGUGCAACAAGGGAUUCCUGUGCAAAUACUCGCUCAGGCAGCAUGAACGCCUGCACGACGGCCCCAGCAACUUCUGCCACGUCUGCAGGAAAAACUUCAGCAAAAACGGCUUUGUGCGGCACAUGCAGAUGCAUAGAGGGGAGAAGAACUAUCUGUGCACCACUUGCGGGAAGUCGUUUUUCUCCUCGGGGGAGCUGCUGCUGCACAACCGCUCGCACACGGGCGAGAUGCCGUACACGUGCAAUCAUUGCGGGAAGGGCUUCUCCUGCAAGAGUCAUCUAAACGUACACACUCGCUCUCACACCGGAGAGCGACCGUAUCUUUGCGCGGAGUGCCCCAAACGUUUCCUCACCCUGAACUGUCUGAAGAGGCACGCACUCAUCCACAACGGCGUCAAACCUUUUAAGUGUCCGAACUGCGAGCGAGAGUUCUCCCAGCAGGGGAACCUGAAAAGACACAUGGCAACUCAUAAACCUGCCACGUAGCCGCUUCUUUUAAUCAUCAAAAGUCUCAAUUUAGUUGUAAAUGUUGAUUUUAAUCCGUAAAUGUUGGUUCAUGGUAUCUUUUACUGUCACGUGGAGUCGCUGUAAUGAACAGAAAUAUAUGCUUUGGUGUCUUCAUUUGCUCUAGAAAUACUUGAUCAUGUUAUCAAUAUUAA